AUGCAGCACUUAAAGUUGAAACAUUCAAAGGAGGCUGAAGCCUUAAAAAGAAACAAUGAAGCAUUGUAUGAAGCCAGUUGUGUCACAGAGGAUAGCAAUGAAUGCCAAGCACGAGCCAAAAACCUACACCAAGAAGCAAUCAGCCAAAUAUGUAUAAACACUGUGUUUUCAAAUGUAGAGAUUUUUGCAUCAGGUGGUACGAAGCAUCGGAAAUUGACGCAAUCAAUAGUGGAAAUGGUUGUAAUGGACAAUUUGCCAUUUUCGCAUGUGGAAGGGAAAGGGUUCUUGCAGUUGAUGAAACAUUAAUAUCCGCUUUAUAAAGUUCCGACCAGGAAUACAAUAAAAGCAGAAAUUGAAAAAAUUUAUAAUAGAGAAGUGAAAAAAUUUAAAAAGAUGUUAUCGCAUAUGUCUAAUAUCUGUUUGACUACUGAUAUAUGGACUGACACUCAAAUGAACAGCAUGCUUGGUGUGACGGUACAUAGUUUGUUUGAAAGUAAACAAUUUUAUGGAACAAUUGGUGUAUUUAAACUAACUGAAGCCCAUACAGCUGCACACAUUUCAGAAGUACUAAAAGGUUCGCUUUCGGAAUUUUCCAUAAGCAGAAGCAGUGUUAUUGCAGUGGUUACUGAUAAUGGCGCUAAUAUCGUUAAAUCUAUUUAUAACACUUUUGGGGAAAAUCACCAUAUUCCAUGUUUCGCGCAUACGCUUAACUUAAUUUGCGACAGUUCAUUAAAUACGCCUGAAGUCAGCGAUAUCAUCACAAGCUGCAGAGCAAUAGUGACUUGGUUUAAACGGCAUGUUAAAGCCAAUGAUAAUUUGCGCCAACUGCAAAUAUCUGCUGGAAUUCUUGAAGGCAAACAGUUAAAACUCAUUUUGGACGGCGUCUGCGAAAGCACUGCCCCUGGGCCGUUGAAAAAGAUCGAUGGACCAAGUAAUGUUUUCGUAUUAGAUCGUAUUUAA